AUGUCCACCACGCCCUACUCUGGUCCAUGGACCGCCAACAAAGUGCGCAAGACAUAUAUCGAGUUUUUCGAAGGCAAAGGCCACACCUUCUGGCCAUCCUCCUCCACAAUCCCAUUCGAGGAUCCAACGCUACUCUUUGCAAAUGCAGGAAUGAAUCAGGCAUGUCUUUCACGACCGAUCUACAAGGCCGUCUUCUUGGGCACUGUAGACCCCAACUCGGAUAUGAGCAAGCUCAAGCGCGCUGUCAACAGUCAGAAGUGUAUUCGUGCAGGCGGAAAGCACAACGAUCUUGAGGAUGUCGGAAGAGACUCUUAUCAUCAUACAUUCUUCGAAAUGCUUGGGAAUUGGUCGUUUGGUGACUACUUCAAGCGAGAGGCAUUAUCGUGGGCAUGGGAACUUCUCACAGAGGUCUACAAGCUCCCCGCAGAUCGGCUUUACGUCUCGUACUUCGAAGGCGAUCCCAAACAAGGUCUUUUGCCUGACGAAGAGACCAAGCAAAUCUGGUUAGAUAUGGGCGUUCCAGAGGACAGAAUUGUCAAAGGAAAUGCAAAGGACAACUUUUGGGAGAUGGGUGCGACCGGACCAUGCGGGCCUUGCAGUGAGAUCCACUAUGACCGUAUCGGCGGAAGAAACGCCGCCCAUAUCGUCAAUGCCGACGAUCCAAAUGUGGUCGAAAUCUGGAACAAUGUGUUCAUCCAAUAUAACCGUGAGGAAGAUGGAAGUCUAAAGUCACUACCUGCAAAGCAUGUCGAUACUGGCAUGGGCUUCGAACGACUAGUCUCGGCUAUCCAAGAUGUCCUAUCCAACUACGACACCGAUGUGUUCCGCCCGAUAUUCGACAGAAUACAGGAGGUCUCUGGAGCACGCCCGUACACGGGUAAAUUCGGAGCCGACGACGUCGACGGGAUUGAUACUGCCUACCGUGUUGUGGCUGAUCAUGUCCGGACACUCACAUUCGCUUUGAGUGACGGCGGGAUUCCCAGUAACGUAGGUCGUGGUUAUGUCCUCCGAAGAAUAUUGCGUAGAGGUGCGCGAUACGCCAGGAAGAAGCUCGGAGUACAAAUUGGUUCAUUCUUCUCCUCCGUCUCUCCCGUCCUUGUCCAGCAGCUGGGCGACUUCUUCCCAGAACUCAAGCGCUCUCCAGAAGAGGUGAAAAAGCUUCUUGACGAGGAAGAGGCGUCAUUCGCUCGCACUCUUGACCGCGGUGAACGCCUGUUUGACGGCUAUGUCGCCAAAACCCGAGAGGGCGGAGGGACCGUCUUGGACGGCAAGGAUGUGUGGCGACUUUACGAUACCUAUGGCUUCCCUGUCGAUCUCACCCGAUUGAUGGCAGAAGAACUCAACUUGACAGUGGACGAGGAGGCGUUCUUAGCUGCGCAAGCGCAUUCCAAGGAAGCAAGCAAGGGAGCUGGCAAAGUUGGUGCCAAAGACACAGUCAAGCUGGACGUCCAUGAUAUUGGUGCUUUGGAGAAUAAUCCGGAUGUCACCAUUACGAAUGAUUCCUUCAAAUUCCAUACUGGCAGCGUAUCCGCCACUAUCAAGGCGAUAUACUAUGACAAGAAUUUCCCUUCCUCUACCGCGGACAUUCCUGCUGGAGCACCUUUUGGCAUCAUUCUCGACCAAACUUGCUUUUAUGCUGAAGCAGGUGGUCAGGAAUAUGAUACAGGUAGCAUCGCUUCGGACGUCAAGGAUCAAGAAGCCAAGUUCGAGGUCGUCAACUGCCAGUCAUUCAAGGGCUACGUCCUUCAUAUUGGGCAAAUGGAAGAAGGUUCUCUGAGCGUCGGAGAUAGCGUUAUUGCUACCUAUGAUCCUGACCGCCGACGGCCAAUAAGGAGCAAUCAUACCGCAACGCACAUCCUCAAUUACGGCCUCAGAGAGGUUCUUGGUGAUCAUAUCGAUCAGAAAGGCUCUCUCGUCGCGCCAUCCAAAUUACGAUUCGACUUUAGCCACAAAGCCCAGGUCACUACUAGCGAACUCCAGAAAAUCGAGGAGAUUUGCAUAGACUGGAUAAAGAAGGAUGUACCGGUCUUCAGCAAAGAGCUUGACCUCAAGUCCGCGCGGGUCAUCCCUGGUCUUCGUGCAGUUUUCGGUGAGACAUACCCCGACCCGGUCAGAGUUGUGACUCUCGAGUACGACGUGGAUGAGAUCGCCAAAGACUUGGAGAACCCGAAAUGGCGUGGAACAAGUGUUGAAUUCUGUGGUGGAACACACGUCGCAAAGACGGGAGACAUCAAAGAGUUUACCAUUAUGGAGGAAUCCGGUAUCGCCAAAGGUAUCCGACGUAUUAUUGCGGUAACAGGCCCAGAGGCACGUGAGGCCAUUGCCAGUGCUGCGGCCUUCGAGGCGCGAUUUACAUCCGUGCAAAACUUGUCUGGACGAGAGAAAGAUGAAGGCUUCAAGAGUCUUACCCUAGAUCUCAAUCAGGCAGAUUUACCUGCCGUCCACAAGGCAGACUUGCGCGACCGCGUCGCCGCGAAGCGAAAGAUCUGGGACGCUGAAGUCAAAGCACGCGAGACUGCUGCAACGAAGGCUGCCGUCGAGGCGGUCUCCAAGUACUUUGAGGAGAAUCCAAACGCGCUCGGAUACUUUGCCCAAGUUGAUGUCGGCAGUAACGUCAAGGCGAUCCAAGCAAUCCUCGGUCAAGGAAAGACGCUGGGCAAGGCGGUCUACGUGCUUAGUGUCGAUGAACAGACCGGAAAGGUCACGCAUGGCAACUAUUUGCCUGCAUCAUUUGCUGCUAGCGGAUUCGACGCAAGGUCUUGGGCGACUAGCGUGUCGGAAGUGAUCGGUGGCAAGGCUGGUGGAAAACCCGACACGGCGCAGGGUGUUGGUACUGACAUUGCAAAGGCGUCUGAGGGGCUCAAGGUUGCUGAGGAGGUUUUCACCAAGGCUACACAGAACUGA